GAAGAAAUGAAUGCACUUAUGUACUAGCUCUUGCGCUUAUGUAGGGACACGGGAGAUGGCAUUCGUGCAUGCCAUCAGUGCUGCGGGGGUGGCACAUGCCGUGACAAGAGCGUGUGCUUCGGGGUCCCUCACCACCUGUGGGUGUGAUGCCAACAUCCAAGGACGGGAACACGAUAGAGCUUUCCGCUGGUCUGGAUGCUCACACAACAUCAACUAUGGAUCUAAGUUCUCCAAGUCCUUUGUUGAUGCUCGAGAACUACGUUCUCGGAAGAAGUUCAAGAAAAGGAACUUGGACAACGGGGAAGAGGACGACCAUCGCCGACGGACUUCAAUCAUUCUCAUGAAUCUUCACAACAACGAAGCUGGAAGACAGGUAAUCCAGAAGAACAUGAAGAAGGAAUGCAAAUGCCAUGGUGUGUCUGGUUCUUGUGAACUAAAGACUUGCUGGAGGGUCAUGCCAACUUUCCGACAGGUAGGGGAAUUGCUAAGGGACAAAUACGAUGGAGCUGUGGAGGUGCGAGGAGAACCAGUGGGGAACGAGAUCCUUCUUGUGCCUCGUAAUCAGCAAUUCAAGCCCCAAGCAAGAGAGGACUUGGUCUACAUAAAACGAAGCCCAGAUUUCUGCGAACUGGACUUGAAGAAAGGUUCUCUCGGCACUCGGGGCCGCUCCUGCAACAAGGGUUCUCGAGGAAUCGAUGGAUGCGACCUGCUCUGUUGUAAUCGGGGCUACAAGACCCGUCGUCAUAAGAUUGCAGAGCGAUGCAACUGCAAAUUCUGGUGGUGCUGCCAAGUUAAGUGCCAAACCUGCGAACGGGAGAUCGAAAUCCACACCUGCCUGUAACACUUCCUCCACAUCUUUUGAUUUGUCUACGUUCUCAUUAUUGUUAUUCAGUACAUUGCCUUCAAGGUUGUGAUGGAAACGUGAAAGAAACGAGAAUAGAUGCUCACAUA